UUUACCCCCAAUUACGAAGAGGCAGAGGAGACCUCUUCUUCUUGUUGUACAAUUACGAAAACGACACGACGAUCACAUUUAAUUGGAGAAAAAUUCUGGAGCACUAGAUUGUUUGGCUACCCAGCCUUCCCAACCUUCCUCGGAGAGAGUUCUGUCUCUGCUGCAGAUUUUUGCAUAACCAAUCGGUGCUAUCGACGUGGUAAUCCAUCCAGGAUUCCAGGCCAUCCAUCUGAGAACAACGCCCUAAUUUCUACCUUGCAGCAGUUUAAGCUCAUUGUCAAUGGCUGAUCUUAAAGAACGAUUGCUCCCUCCGAAACCUCAUUCAGCCAUAAACCUAAGAGAUACAGCUUAUCGAUCUUCGGCCUCUGGGCGGCAACCUUUCCAGGGUAUGGAUGUUUUGGGGCUGAAGAAACGGGGCCAAGGCCUUCGAUCUUGGAUUCGUGUUGAUACAUCUGGUAAUUCCCAAGUCAUUGAGGUUGACAAAUUCACUAUGAUGCGGCGUUGUGAUCUUCCUGCCCGUGAUCUACGCCUAUUGGAUCCUCUAUUUGUUUACCCCUCGACGAUCCUAGGUAGAGAGAAGGCUAUUGUUGUGAACUUGGAGCAGAUUCGAUGUAUUAUCACGGCCGAUGAGGUUCUAUUGUUAAAUUCCCUAGACAGUUCUGUAUUGCAUUAUGUGGUGGAGCUACAACGGCGAUUGACAACAAAUGUUGUGGGUGAGGUAUGGCAGUCAGACACCACAGGCUUGAACCGGAGGAGGGGAAGUAGAAAUUUGGAUGAUGUGUUUGGAAGCCCAUCACCAGACUAUUUACCGUUUGAGUUUAGGGCUCUUGAAGUUGCUCUGGAGGCUGCUUGUACAUUUCUUGAUUCUCAGGCAGCAGAAUUAGAAAUUGAAGCAUAUCCGUUACUAGAUGAACUUACAUCAAAGAUCAGUACGCUCAAUUUGGAACGUGCGCGUCGAUUGAAAAGCAGGCUUGUUGCAUUGACUCGGAGAGUGCAGAAGGUUAGGGAUGAAAUAGAGCAGCUCAUGGAUGAUGAUGGAGAUAUGGCUGAAAUGUAUCUCACUGAGAAGAAAAGGAGAAUGGAAACAUCACUUUAUGGUGAUCAGUCUUUGUUGGGAUACAGAUCAACUGAUGGUGCAUCUGUUUCUGCUCCUGUUUCUCCUGUUUCUUCGCCCCCUGAAGCCCGGAGGCUUGAGAAAAGUUUGAGCAUUGCAAGGAGUCGGCAUGAGAGCAUGAGGAGUUCUGAAAGUGCCACAGAGAGCAUAGAAGAGCUUGAAAUGUUGUUGGAAGCAUAUUUUGUUGUCAUUGAUAGCACCCUCAACAAGUUGACAUCGUUGAAGGAGUAUAUCGACGACACGGAAGAUUUCAUCAACAUUCAGCUGGAUAAUGUUCGGAACCAGCUGAUCCAAUUCGAGCUGCUACUCACAACUGCUACAUUUGUUGUCGCGAUCUUUGGGGUGGUGGCAGGGAUCUUUGGCAUGAAUUUUUCAAUACCCUUAUUCGAUGACACUGGUGCAUUUAAGUGGGUUCUUAUAAUCACAGGCGUUACUGGGGUUGUCAUAUUCAGCUUAUUUGUGUGGUUCUUCAAGCACAGAAGACUGAUGCCGCUAUAACUCUGCGAAGAAACUGCAAUCAGGAAAGUACAGAGGAAACAAUCAUUAUCAUUGUUUUACCUUCUAGAUGAAUUUAUGGUGGAUAACGACUGCCUCUAUUUUAGAGCGAUUCUUUUGAUUAAGUUUAGGUUUAAUUGUAAGAAAUUUUGGUAAAAUACCAAGUAAUCGUGAAAAUCUGUGGCUAAAACUAAGCUUCCUAUCGAAUGUAUAUUAGCAAAUAGCAAGGGUGGUGACACUACCUACGAAUAUUUAUUAGUCGGAAAAGUAAACCGUAUAUGAAGUAAAUGAGAGGCGUAUCGUAUGUUGAUGAUGGUACUCGUGGAUUUA